GGAUGCAAAAAAUGGCGGCCUCUGUCUAAUGAUUGCAGUAAUCACAAGAUUCGUCUUCUCCGGGAAAGCCCUAAAAAGCUUCAAGAAUACACAUUUUCCCCGAAAUGCAGAAAGCCAUUGCUUUUCUUGGGCUGAAAAAAUGUUCGAAGCCGUUCAAGGAUUACUACAGCGAGUGGUUUAAGGAGCUGAAGAACGUCCACCUCCCUCAGCUCCGCCGCGCCAUGUCAUCGGCCACCGUGUCUCCGGCGAUUCUCACCGCCCACGUCGACGCGAUGCAACGACACUUCAUUGCCUACUACGAGGCGCUGGACCUCGCCGCCUUAAACGACGUCGCUCAGGCGCUCUUCCCGGACUGGCGCAACAGCCUUGAGAAGCCAUUCCUCUGGCUCGGAGACUUCCAUCCCUACCUCUUCACAAAUCUCCUCCGCUCGUUUCUCGAGGACGACGAUUCCGACGAAGACGCCCGAGAAUCUCGGGAGGAUUUCGGGAAGCCGUGGUACCUGGAUAUGGCGUGGCGGAGCCCUCCGAGGGCGCUCACGGCGCGGAUCGACCAGAUCGAGUGCGGGCUCAGGCUCAUGGUGCCCGCGCUGGCGGCGCGUGCCAGGCACGCUCAGGCGAAAUUUGUUGAUAGGGUUGGGAGGGAGUGGGGGCGCUGCGAAGGGCCGAGUGAGGAGGCGAAGUCGGCCGUCGAGGAAUCCGUGGCGGCGGAGAUGGAGGAGCUCGUCGACGUCUUCGUGGACGCCAAUCGCCUGCGGCGGAGCGUGCUGACGGACAUCGUGAACGCGACUGACGUGUAUCAGGCGGCGCUGUUUCUUGAAUCGCUGGCCCAAUUUCUUGUUGGGUUCAACGAUAAAAAACUUCUGGCCCAAUUUGAAAAGUACAAGAUCCCCGUUACUUGAUUGGGCCGAGUUAUAUUUUAAUGGGCCCAUUGUAUCGGAAGCCCAGGUAUCGAUUUGAUACUCUGCUUUUUUUUCUUUUUGCGACGAAUAAUAUAGAGGUUUGAGGAGAUAGGAAUAUUUUGCCAUUCGUCACUAAAUUCGUUCACUUCAUGUUUUAAAUUUUGCUA